AUGGGUCGUCGCCCGCACGAACCAGUGGGCUAUAGACCACGGGAAAGACACCCCAUUUUCACCCCAUUUUCGAUUUACACUGGAGUGCUGGAAUGUUCUGGAUACGGAAGCCUGGAGGCCGCAGGUUAUCCCGAUGGCGAGGGAAAGGAAGAGAAGACGAUCAACUGGCGAGAACGGGCCAAGGUACGGAAGGGCAUAGCCAAAGAGGUCGGCGCACAUUCACUGGGUGCGGUGGCAAUCGCGUAUCUCUUACCACAAGCUGCUCUUGUAACUCUGCUAUUUGGUGGUGCAAUGAUAACACCUCGCCCAAGUCUCUUCCUGGGUUUUACAACAUUGCCCAGGGGGCGCAGGUCAUCAUCAAUCAUUGCGAUCCCAGAGAACCUCUUGGACAAGUGGAGGGCUAUUGUCCGCCGCAAUACUUGCUAAAGGAGAGCACUAUGGCCCUGUCAUUUGAUAUAGGCUUGUUGCUUUGAAAAGGAGAUCUGUUUCGUACUUUGCAUUUCUAGAGUUCUGACCGGAGAGAUGGACGGGAAAGCACGGGGGAAAUGACUUUCAACAAAUCAUCUCAGCCGUUCUUUACCCGAGGAGAUUACGUAUGUUGGGCUCUAUAUUACAAUUGUGUGGAAGCUAGUGUAGAUUGCCUGACUAUGCAGUAG